AUGGGCCACUCGUCCAAAUUUCCCUUCUCGCUCCCGGGCCGAAAACACAAACAAUCGCAACCCGCCGCCUCUGCCGCGCCGCUGUCCAUCUCAGAGCCACUCACAAAAGCCCAGAGGAUCCUCGGCACCACCGCCAUCAGCCUCGAUCUCGCAGGCGCAACAUCAGACACCACAAAAUGGGGCCCGUGGGACGGCCAAUCGAAUGCGGGGAUCAGCAUCAAUGUCACGGAAACACCGGCCGGGCGGGACAAUGCGGGCUCUCGAUUGGGAUCUGCGCGUCGUGAUGAUGCACACCAUGGAUCUUCGGGGAACCGAGACAGGCGCUGGGAGGAAGAGUCGGCUGUGUUGCCCAAGGAUAAUAUGGCGCCAUCAGGACGCCACGACGACACCACUGAUGCCUCCAGCCUGCGUCGCCAGCAGUCCAGCUCCACCAUCCGAUCCUACUACGACAAGGCGAAAGUGCCAUUGGCCAUCUCCCAGCAGACCGCAAACUCGGCCAUGGCCAAGGGACUGCCAUCCAAGGCGCAUGCCAUUCUCGACUUUGACGGCAACUUCAACACCGAGCCGAAAGGGCUGAAGAAGAAGAAGCCCUCCAGGCUCGAUCUCUCCUCGCUCCUGUCCAAGAGGAGUCACAAACAUCUCAGACCGGAACCCACCAGCGGCCACGUCCUGGGCUCUGAUAUGCUCACCACAUCACCGUCCGUCAUGUCCAGCUCCUCUGCAUCAACGCCCCCGCCGAUUUCACAGCGAAUCGACCGGAGACUUCGGAACAAGAUGACCAAGGAGUCAUUACGAGAACAAACAGCCACUCCCGAUCCACGGCCGUCACCCAUCAGCUCGGCCGGGCGCUCGGAUAGCCCAAAACAAAUUCCCAUCAAGCCCAACGCCGAACUGCACAACCUUUAUGACCAUUAUGAGCAAAAAACGUUUGACGAGGCGCUGGAGAAUAACUACCAGCAAGUUCCAGAGCGUCGGGGGCCACCGCCAGACCGCGCGCUCCCAGCAUAUCCAACACCACCCACCAGCAACACGGGCAAACCCUCCCUCUCACCUUUUCCGCGCAGCGCAUCGCGGACAGGCCAGAGGCAAGAUCCGCCACCUCUGACUGUCAAGGUUCCAGAUGUCCAUCUGGUCAGGCCCCCAAGCGCGCCCAGUCUUGUAUCGCCCAUGGCCGACUGUGCCAGCAUUUCCAGUCGGCACACGCGAACGUCCAAAGCGUCAAAACGCACAGACCGCAGCCUAACGGAGAUUGACCUGCUUCAGAACAGCGUCUUGGCCCUCUCGUCCGAUUCAGAAGACGACUACGAUGCCUGUAGCGACCAGCUUGCCGUUCCCCCGCCCCCCAGUGAUGGCCCCGCCAGUCCCGUCAGCCCACGAUCGGCCAUGUCUCAACCAUCUUUCACCAGAUCCGAAGACUCGAGCCGAAGCAAGGCACCCAAGCAAACCACCUUUGCCGAAAGUCCGCAGUAUUUCCCGACCCGGGAGCAACAGGCUGCGGCUUCCAAAGCGCCAAAAUCUAACCCACGGUCCAGCUCAUUGGCCCCCAGCUCCAGCAUGAACAACUCACUGCAGAUCUACCCCCCACAAAACCGUUCCUCCAGCAGCACGACGGGUACGGCCCGAACGCAUGGGUAUUCGGCGCUUCAAACCCCAACGACGUACGAAGCCAAGGUGAUCAGCAUGGUGCCCAAGAGCAAGUCCCAGGACCAGCCAGUGUGGACUGUGCCCGAGGAGACCCAGUUUGAGGACUUUCCAGCGCCCCCCAUCCAUCCCACUCAGCGACCACCGCAGGCUUCACGCCCCGAGCAGACACCGCCACUGUCGCCCACUAGCGUGGACUUUUAUCUGCAGAGUCAACGGUCGUCUUCCACGCAGGACGAUGGUUCCAUAGCUAGCAGAGGCAGCCAGGGCAGUGGCAACCGCAGCGGACGCCGUGGCAGUGCCGCCAGCAGCAUUCAGGACAACCAGAGCGGGCGCUUCAUGGCAGUGACGCGGCAGGAAGAGAUGCUGCUGGCUGCCUUGCGUCAGAAGCGCGCCCGGAUGCGUGAGGAUAUUCUUGCCGAAUAUGAGGAUAACACGGACCAGGAGGAACACCCGGGCCUGAAGCGGGAGGUGACCAACGACAGCAGCGGCAUGAGCAUGAUGUCAAGGCAGUCGUCUUUCAGCAUGAGCACCGUCCGCGCCGAGGCAAACCCGCUGUCGGCACGACCCCGUCACCAGGACUCUGUUCGGUCACGGGCGAGCAGCUCAGCGGUUGAGCAAAGCGGAAAGCACGGUCACAUCCUCGUCAUGAUGGACGAGUCCAGCUCAGAUGUUGGCCCAAUGGUGCAGCUGGACGACUUUCCCGCGCCGGCCGAGUCUGACCGUCGGGGCAGCAGGUCCAGCUCCAGAUCGGGACAACCUCACAAGCAGCGUGCAUCCUUGUCGGCAAUGUCCAUGCCCACUACCGGCGCGCGGAGGCCACCUCGGAGCGGCAGUCUUCCCCGCAAAGGAUCAUCCGAUCAAACCAGCGUUCAACCCACCCACCCGGCCAACAACUCGAUCCCGAAUCAGAUCCUGGAGGAUCCGGCUGAAGACGAAGAAGACGAAGGCAUUCCGCGCCCAGACUCGCCCAUCUCGCCCUCGGAUUUCCCCGUUCCCCUGUCGGCCACAAAUCCGUCGACCAAGAUUGCCAACAAGAAGCACCUGAGGCUCAGUGCGUUUGGCACCUACAAGCCGAAUGUAGAGGCCGGCUGGUGGGACGAUUCUGGCUGA